AGCAAUGAAAUGAUAUAUGCACGACUACAUAGUUUUACAAUUAUAUUCAUUUUGGGAUAUUCUACCAUUUUCAGCAUCAAAUUGUUAAACACGUGUUGACAAGUCAAUAAAACAAAAUACAAAAAAAAAUUCUAUUUAUCUCCCUGAGAGCGCUCAAUCCUGAGCUAGAUUUGAUACGAACUCUACGCAAAACCUGGAACGGUGAUAUUUCACACAAGGACGAAAUAUUUUUAUUACAAACAAUAUGAUAUUAUAAGUGCCUUGUUAGAGAAAAUUAGACUCUUUGGACUGAAAGGAAAAUGCGAUUGGUAGCCUUUGGUAAAAGAGAGGCCGUCUUUCUUCAAAAAUAUAUAAUAAAAUGCACAAUGUCUCCAUCAAAUAUUUUGCAUAGCAUAGUCUGACCUGUGUAAUGCGAAAAGUCGCGUUUAAACUAUUAAGUUCAUUUUCAUAUGUAUUUAUAUGAACAACGUCGGAAAGCACAAUAAAUAAAUGUAUAAAAUAACCCAGGUAGCUUGCGGCUGCUGCAGCGCUCUUUAGGAUGAUUUUUUUUUCAGGGGAGGGGGGAAUAUAUUAAAGAUUUGCAUACUAACUGUAUUUACUUCAGCAAGAGGGUGGGAGUAUAAGGAUAUGCUAAUUAGACGGGGAUUUUUGGAAGGGGGUGGAAUAUCAAUUUUUAUUGCAUCACCUGUCAGUGGCAUCCAAUCAGAGCUGGCUUUAGGGGAAUUAAUUGAUGAAGGUGUCUCCCGACGAGCUCACUUCACUCUGUCAUCUUAUUUGUGGGAGAAGCAGCGGCGGGAAUAGCAGCUGCAUUUCUCUCUCUCUCUCUCUCUCUCUCUCUCUCUCCCCCCCUCUCUCCCUCUCUCUCUCUUUCUCUUCCCCUUUCUCCCUCUCUCUCCCUCCCUCUUUCUCUCUCUCUCUCUUCAUUCUCUCUCAUAUAUUAGAGUAUACUCAUGAGUAUUUGGAAUAAUUAAAAGAUUGCAGGUACAGCAAUACGCCUAACGUGAAAUAUACGCUGCAUAAGAAUAACGUGUGAUGCUGCUUUUUAAUUUUAUAGAUGCCAUGAGGAAUGUCGAAUUCCGCAGUCGAUGUUUUUUUUCAGCGAAUGUGGGACAGAAUUUAGGUGUCGAUAUGGGAGACUUGGAAUCGGGUUAUGAAGAGGUGGAUGGUGUGAGACUUGGUUACCUCAUAAUUAAGGGGAAACAAAUGUUUGCGCUUUCCCAAGUAUUCACUAAUCUGCUGAAAAAUAUACCCAGGACAACUGUACAUAAAAGGAUGGACCAUCUAAACGUGAAGAAACAUCACUGCGAUUUGGAAGAAUUAAGAAAACUCAAGGCAAUAAAUUCUAUUGCUUUUCAUGCAGCUAAAUGCACUCUGAUUUCUCGGGAAGAUGUGGAAGCCCUGUACACUUCUUGUAAAACCGAACGAGUUCUUAAAACUAAGAGGAGAAAAAUAAAUAGAACAUUGUUAUCAACGGACCUCAAACAGGAAAAAGCCCCCACUGAUCGCUACGCAAGUUUUUUGAAAGAGAACAAAGUUUGGUUGAGUUUGAAUGGAAAACCGCAGCCUUUGGCUGGAAUUAGCCGGACUUUGCAAGGAGGCGGCAGCUCGCUACCGGCCUCCAAUCUACCUCAAUUUUACAGCAAAUUUACCAGCCACAGUUACACAGAAAUGGUCCGAUCACAUUGCAAAGCCCCCCAAAACUACGAAACCGCUGAAAUAUCAAGUAACUGUGUGGCAUUUCACACAAAUCACUCCUUAUUUCGGAGCAUGAUUUGCCGACAUCCCGUAUUUUACCAAUCCGCCAUCGCCUAUUAUCCUAAGUCUCCAAAUGCUACCGGGUUAACGUAUUAUUUCAGGCGCAAAAGUUCGUGUGAAAUCACUCAGAAACAUUUGGGGAGUUCAAGCACUGCCAAGCGAAUCUUGCUGGCGGCAGCUGCUCCUAAAUCUUACAAAACUAAAGGAGGGGAUCAGUGCUUGAAUAAAUUUCAUCUUGCCAACGGACUGCAUUGUAACCAGGAGCCCUUGCAAGAAAGCUGCAGCAGCGAUUCCGAGACCAGCUCCUUCUCUGAUCGAGCAGACAACGACUCGGACUUUGGAUCGAGUUUGUCAAGUUCCAGCAACUCGGUUUCUUCGGACGAAGAAGAGGAGGACUCUGUGUCCGAAUCCUCCGACGUAACCUCGGCCAGUGACGAAGACAGCUCCUCAGAAUCGGAUUCUAGCUCCGUUUCCAGCCAAGUUUCACUUCAAAGCAUUCGAUUCAGGCGCACCAGUUUCUCGAGCAUCUGCAGUAAACCUCUUGUUUUAACGCAGCCCAAUUUCCACUACCAGUUUCAAGCCAAAAACAAUAAUGUGGUGUAUGAAACAGCCGGUAACGAUCUCCUAGAAGGAAGAACUUCACAUUGUAAUUUAAAGUCCUCGGCUGUUGUGAAGAGAAAUGAGCAGAACUGGACUAUCAAGUCACAUAACGUGUGCUGCUCUACUGGCUAUGGAAGUUGCGUGGCCGAGAUAAAUAACGACAGGAUAUCCGAGUUUCCAUUCCCACGUACUGAAAUUUCACAAUAUCUAAAGAGAACUGAAUCGACAAUUAACCGUGCUGCAGAAGGGGGGCCUUCACCUAGCCCAAAGGGAAACACCGAGUUUCCACAACAAAGAACAUUAACAGAGUCGAGGAAAUGCCUUGGAGCAUCUAUAUCACACUGCGCAGAAGAAAACAAUGUGACAAUAGUAUCCGAGCCUCGAGACAAUGAUUCCCCAUUAGCAGUAAAUGUAGAAAAAGGAUCGAAAAUCAUCGCGCUAUCCUCGGCUUUCCGGAGUUUAAAUGCGGACAGUAGUCAGGGGCCUGCCAUUCACAUUCACAAUGACGAUGUAGACGGGAGGAAAACAAUUAUGCACAAUAUUACAGUUAAACUGGAAGAAAAUAGCUGCGAGGAAGAAUAUGGAUAUAUGAAUCAACACCCUAGAAAGAAACUCAAGUACGCGUGCAAUGUAUCGAAGCAAGCAGUAACCACUUUAAGUGAGAAUAAAAUGCGAGACUGUGUUUCGACGAAGGCGAAAGAAAGCUAUGUGUGCACUGAAAAAGCUACCAAUUCCCAAAACGCAUCCAGACGAAGCGAAGACCUUCAAAGCACUUUAAACAUUCCAAUUUUAGAAGACUGCGAAUUUCGAAAUGGUGCGAGAAUAAGAAGGAAUUACAGAACUUUAGUGCUGGGGAAACAGCAUGCUUUGCAAAGCUCAUCAGUCAAAACAAUUGUGAAAUCAGAGAAUCCGCGUCUUACAGGUAAAACAGAUGUGCAUGAAGGAACACUAGAAGAAUUUGCUGGUACAAAUAAACGUAAGCGAGUAGCCAAUGGUGUAGCAUCCACGUUGAAAAGGCCAUUUAAUUUCAUGGCAAAUUUUCCCUCUCCACCGUCACUAAUUAUUGGCAACGAUGGGGAUUUGUGCCCUGCGUAUUCACUGAACUCUACCAAGGACCCCGAAGCACCUCAGAGGGCCCAUCCCGUGUGGAAAUGGCAGAUGGGUGGUGCAGCAAUGCCUCUCCCGCCUAGCCAUAAAUUCAGACGAUUUAACUUAUGAAAGGGAUAUUUUGGAUUAAAAAAAACUUUGCCUCUGCGAAAUAUAUAUAUAUAUAUAUUAAAAUACUUUUCUGGUUUCUUUGUCACGACUUACGACCGGAUAUUAAAUCUCGACAAAAAAGGCAAAAUUUCAUAUUGGAAUAAUAUUCUAGAAAAACGAAAACAUUUCGAGUGGAUUAUUCUUUUAAUUUUACCAAACACCGCUAUCUGCUGACCGAAGCAUUCCACAGUACACUUUUUGAACUACUAAUGUCACUUUGAGGUUGUUUUACGGUUGUUUUCGAACAGUUAAAAUAAAAUUAUUUCAAUGUUCAAAAUAUAAAUCAGUACCUCCACAAGAUUACUGCAAAAUGUACGUCACGAGUCGACAUUGUGAAAUGUUAGAAAAUGAGCCAUUAAAUGUAUGCACUACAGUUUUAAAUCGCAAAUGACUUCAUGUUUUGCCUGAGUGAUUGAUUAUACCGCAUUGGAACCACAGCAAAGUAUGAACGUGUGUUUAACUUUAAAAAAACGUACCUUCAUCUGAAUCAAUAUGGCGGACAGAUUAUAUAAAAUAAGCCUUUACAUUGAAAAGAGUCCCCAUCCUUGGUGUUUAGAUAGAUAAGGACAAGCAGGUUACUGAUUUCGAAGCUUUGUUGCUUUUAGCUCUUAACCGUAAAAUAAUUGCUUUAAAUGUUUACCUCUGGAACCCUGAGACUGGCUAAAUCCUUAACGCUAGCUUUGUACAUUAUUGCAUACAGAUAACAAUGAUAAAACAAAAUAAAAUCACUAAAAACCAGUGAAUAUAAAGCAUAAUCAAUCAGGCCAGGGGCCUUUACUUUUCGUUUUGAGCAUUUAGGCAAUGAAUGAACAGACACAUGAUUCAUCUUGCUUUUGGCCUUACAAAAUAGCAAGAAACUAAAAUUCUGCGUAAGACUCAGAUAUCCAACGUUCAGAAAAGACACCAGAAAUAGUGCAAAUGACAAUCAGAUUGCUGUACUUACAUUUAUAUCAAAAGAUAGAAACUCAAAAAUGUAAGAUGCAUUGCAAACAUUUAGUUGAGACAUCUAUUUACUGUCUUCAGGGACUUCAUUCAUUGAGAAAGUCUAAAACAGAGUUUGCACUGUUAAUAUUACAUAACUUAGCCUUGCAAUGAAAAGUAUGACAGGUGAUAAAGAUGUGCUUUGAUUACAGUUGUUUCAUUUUACAAUGAUAUGAUUUACACAGUCCUAGAAAUGUAACUGGUGAAUUUGCAUGGCAUUUUAACAUAGAAAUUACAAUUGUUUAAAUUGACAAGCAGUGUGUUAAUUAGGUAUUUUGCACUUAAUGAGGGAGUUUUAGGUCUCUGAAAAAUACAGAUGUUGUAAAGUUUGUAAAAACCUGUAUCAAAGGGAUAUGCAAAAAGUUAAUAAUGUGGGGAAAGUGUUGCAUUCUGGCAUUGCACACAUAAGUGUCUGGAUCUCUAAAAAUUGAUAAUAAGAAAAUAUACUCGUGAUUGUGUAUUUAUUUUUUCAUGAUGCAUAACCAGACUUGGCAUUCUAUGUAUUACAAUGGCAAGUGAAUAACAGAAACUUAAAAUGAAAAUUAUCAUUUUACUUAGGUUAUCAUCUGCAUAGGAACUUGUGUUAUUCACAUUCAUAUAUCCAUAGAAAUACCACAUGAAUACUAGUCAGAAUUUAUAGAAUAAAAAUACACUGGCAACUAACUGUGCUGCUAAGCAGUGUCAGUGGAUACCAC